GCCACAACUCACUCAUCUAAGCUACUUCCCAAUCUACCACUAUAUAUCUACUUGUAUUUCUAUACAUCAUCUUACUUUCACCUCUUUUCAAAUUCCUUCUACUUUUCUCUUACAUAUUGUGUGUCCAUAUAAUUGUGAAGAUGUCCAAGUUGGGGUUGCUCCUACUCGUUGCACUAGCCACUUUAGCAGCUACCACUGUGGCACUCGAUACGCCUUACCAGCUCUCCGGUAGAGUCUACUGUGACACUUGCCAUUUUGGUUUCGAGACUAACGUUACUAGAUACAUUCCUGGAGCGGAAGUGCACCUAGAAUGCAAGGAUGAAAAAUCGGAUACAAAGUUGGUUUUCCGUGACGCAACCAAGACAAACGAGAGGGGAAGGUUCACCUUCCACGUAGGCGAGGACCACGGUGAUCAGUACUGUGAUGUAGUCCUAGUGAAGAGCCCUUGGCCACACUGCAAGAACAUCGAUCCAGUCCGAGGCCGAUCUCGAGUUAUUAUUACAGACCUUAACGGCAUCAGGUCUUUCCGUCGUCAUGCCAACAACAUGGGUUUCUUCCAGGAUUACGUCUUUCCAGUUUGUAGCGACCUUUACAAGUUCUACUUCCAUUCGGAUGACAUGUAAGAAGCCAAAGCCAGUAACAUCAAAAAAACAUAAGAAACCAGAGUUUUUUUAUUUUUAUUUUAUAUUUCGUUUUGAAUAAAAAUAUAUAAAAAUUCUUGUACGUUCAAAAGAAACAAAAAAAAGAAAAUUUAACUAAGCUAGAUUCUGAAGAGAAAAGGUGACAAAUGAACCAAUCUUCUCAUUGGUUUAAAUUUAUCCUAUCUCCAUAAUUAGUGUACUCAACAUACAAUUAGUAAUGCAUUAUUACUUUUAUUAGUCUACUGCUAUUCUGCUAGUCAGUACUCAGUAGUCGUUUAAUGAAUAUAUAGGUACUUUAAUUGUGUUUGCUCAUAAAA